UCCACCACCACCACCACUACCACUACCACUACCAUAUCUGCAAAUUCACAGACCACGGUUGGCUAUCAUUUGCGCACACAAAGACGAAAAUGUACAUCUGAGAUCCUUAUAUUUGCUUCGAAUUAAGCUUUUUAUAGACAUUUGAUUGUCAGCUAUGGGGAGUGUGUCGUCUGAAGAUGGAUUCGAUGGACAGAGUGAGAGAUGUGGAAGUUACAGUUUGAGUGCGGAUGUGAGCGAGUCGGAGAGUUCGAGUAGCUUCUCGUGUCGGCGCUACGGCGAAGGUGCGUCGAGCUCUAUGGCGUCGUCUCCGCUCGCUUGUGGUCAAUUGACUGGAAAUUCCACUUUUCCGGCUCCAAUGCCACCGCCUUUGAUGUUUCCGGUGAUUGGCGGGAAAGAUGUGGUGGUUUGCGAUAAGAAGCCUGAGAAACGUGAGACCGAUUUGUCAGAGGUUGAAAUGAUGAAAGAAAGAUUUGCUAAGCUUCUUCUUGGUGAAGACAUGUCUGGUGGUGGUAAAGGAGUGUGUACUGCCCUUGCAAUCUCAAACGCCAUUACAAAUCUCUCUGCCACUGUAUUUGGGGAGCUGUGGAGGUUGGAGCCAUUGGCACCACAGAAGAAGGCAAUGUGGUGCAGAGAGAUGGAGUGGCUCCUAUGUGUGAGUGAUUCCAUUGUAGAGCUUGUGCCUUCCAUACAACAAUUCCCCGGUGGAGGCACAUAUGAAGUAAUGGCAACAAGGCCGCGGUCAGAUUUGUAUAUGAAUCUCCCUGCACUAAAAAAGCUUGAUGCUAUGUUAAUUAGUAUCCUUGAUGGGUUUCGUGAGAUGGAAUUUUGGUAUGUUGAUCGCGGUAUAAUUGUCCCUGAUGCCGACAACUGUGAUGAGUAUCCAUUGGGUAUGUCAGGUGGAAGGCCUUCAAUUAGGCAGGAAGAGAAGUGGUGGCUCCCAUACCCAAAAGUUCCUCCAAAAGGGUUGUCAGUGGAUGCAAGGAAGAGGUUGCAGCAAUGCAGGGACUGUACGAACCAGAUACUGAAGGCAGCCUUGGCAAUCAAUAGCAAUGUGCUUGCUGAGAUGGAGAUUCCUAAUGCUUACUUAGAAACUUUACCCAAGAGUGGAAAAGCUUGCCUGGGAGACAUCAUCUAUCGCUACAUAAUUGCUGAUCAGUUCUCCUCAGAAUGUCUUCUUGAUUGCCUUGACCUAUCAUCAGAACAUCAUACCUUGGAAGUGGCAAACAGGAUCGAGGCAGCUGUGCAUGUGUGGAAGCUGAAAGAUCGGAAAAAACGUAAAAGCCAUCUGAAAGCUAAGCAUAAAGCGUGGGGUGGUAAGGUCAAGGGCCUUGUUGCUGAUGGCAAAAAGAACCUAUUUAUGGCACAACGAGCAGAAACCCUCUUACAUAGCCUGAGACUUCUCUUUCCAGGCCUUCCACAGACUGCAUUAGAUAUGAACAAAAUUCAAUACAACAAGGAUGUAGGCCAGUCAAUUCUUGAAAGCUACUCAAGAGUAAUGGAGAGCUUGGCCUUUAACAUAAUGGCGAGGAUAGAUGACGUCCUUUAUGUAGAUGAUGCUUCCAAGUGCUGUGCUGCUGCAGAAUCGAUGUCCCUUUUCAGCCGGGGAGGUUUAGGUGGUCUUCCCAUCCAAAAGCGGAUGUCUCCUAGCCCCUUCUCGAUUCAGCACACCCCUUAUGCCUCUCCAUUUGCAACUCCAACUUUUUGUUCAUCCCCUCCCAUGGUUGCUAGCCCUGGUAGGGUUCCUUCCCCUUUAUACAAGAAUGGGGCAAAGGGGACACCAAAAGUAAUGCCUGCUGACUUAGAGAAAUUUUGGUCAUAUGCGGGGAAUCUGAGUUCCAGGAAAGUUUCUGGGGAUGCUCCAGAGCGUGAUUAAGUGAUUCUUCCUACAACCAUUGGAGUUGCAUGCUGGGCAAAGGUGGCUAGUCUCUGUGGUGCUGAGAAAGGUUGGUGGCUAUGAUCUUGUAUAUUUGUUUAGCAAUAGCCAAUUGGUAUAAUCAUGUUUCAAAGUAUUGAUCAUGAUUUUCCAUCUAGUUCUAGAUGGAAAAAUAGGUAUUAUGUUAUGACUGGGAUAUUUCUUUAGUAAGGGCUGUAGAUCUGUUAACAUGUUGAUCCCAGUAAAUGAUGUAGAUAUAGCCAAAAUCAUUGCCCGACAAAAAAAGUCAGAAUUGUGGGUUGUUGUUAUUUAUAGAGCACUUGGUCACUGCAGGCAUUUCAAAUUAAGCUUAAGAUUUGUUACAGGUAAACGAUCAAACCUUUUAGUAUACAUGGAAAGAC